AUGGCUGGCAAGAACAAGAAAGGUGCCGAUAAUAUCAAUGCCCGGCUCGCCCUGGUCAUGAAAUCCGGCAAGGUCACUUUGGGCACAAAAUCGACUAUGAAAUCACUUCGUUCGGGCAAAGCCAAGCUUGUUAUCAUUUCGGGAAAUGCUCCUCCUCUGCGCAAGUCAGAGCUCGAGUACUAUGCCAUGCUGGCCAAGACGCCUGUCCACCACUUUGCGGGAGACAAUAUCGAGCUGGGAACUGCAUGUGGCAAGCUCUUCCGUUGUUCUACCAUGGCCAUUCUUGAUGCUGGCGACUCGGAUAUCCUGGCCGACCAGUGA